CGCAUAUUCUGCAGACAUGAGCGAGGACGACCCGUUUGCGCCAGCAUCCCCUCCGCCUACCUCUGCCCAGCAGCAGGCUGAGGGUGAUGACGGUGAUGCCCAGGGUGCCGAGGAGACGACCGAUAGCUCGUCCAAGAAGAAGGACCUCAGCCCCGAGGAGCGUGAGGCCCGCCGGAAGCGGAAGGAGGCCAAGCGGAAGAAGAAGCAAGAGGACAAGCGGAAGCGCGAGAUCAUUGUGAGCAAGGAGUCGUCGGCGUAUGGCCACUUUCAGUCUGUGCAGCCGGAGCCGAGCAAGAAGCUCUCGACGCUGCACACGACUGCGUACAUUGCGCCCGAGCAGUCGCGGUUCUUUGACGCUGCGGUGGACGAUCCGGUGAAGCAUGGCGAUGGGUUUUCGGCGUACACAACGUACCGGACCCGGGUCAAGUCGUCGGAUCCCGAGUUUGCACCGAUGGUCGACAUCCGGCUGCGAUACUCGGACUUUCACAACCUGCGGACGCAGCUCGUCGAGGCCCACCCGACGAUGCUGGUGCCCAACUUGCCGCCGAAGCAAAUAUUCGGACGGUUCAACCCCAAGUUUGUGGAGAAGCGCGCGCUCGGCCUGACCAAGUUCCUCAACCUCGUUGUCUCGCACGCUGUCUUUGGCAAGUCGCCGCAUCUCAUCGACAUGUUCAAGCUCAACCGCUCGUGAUCGAUGCUGGCUCACGGCUGUGUACUUUGUGGUAAACACGAGUUGCCUCUGCAA